AUGACAGUUAUAUCUAAAUCUAAGAUUCUUCCAUGGGCCGACGUUUUCCCGCAGAUCGAAGAAAUCGUCUCAAACCAAACUGACACGCCCUUCUGUGUAAGCAUCCCUUAUGGACUCCAACUACAGAAGCAUCUCUGGAAUCCUGAGCGCUUGCGAGUUGUAAGACACGUUAAAAGCGGUACUGGACACAGCUUUAUAUCUCAUCACGGUGUCGGAAAGAAUAACGAAAUAAACAUCUGGAACUUUUCGAAGGAAAAACAGCCCGGAAAUUUAGCAGCUGGCAUCCAAUCAGUCUCCACAGAUCUUAUGUUUCUGCAUAUUUUGUUUUCCCAGAGAAGAUGGGUUUAUAUCACAUAUUGCAAUGAUAUGUCCAUGAGAGUUUUUAGCGCUAAAUUUCAUCUGGUGUCUACCACAUCGGUAAAAAAAACAGUUCUCAGCUUAGCGUACAAUGAAAUAAGAGAUGAAAUCAUCACUGGAAUCGCCGGCGGAAUAAUGACAUGGAAGUUCUCUGUUGGUCAACAAGAUCCCUUAAUUCCCGGCCAGUUGAUAAGCUGUUCUUUCGAGCCGUUUGACUGGGUUAUGUCACUGACAAUUGAUAAUAGGUCCCAGCAGAUAUUGGCAAUAUCUGAUGUGAGGAUAUCCAUGAUAUAUCUCCACAGUAACCAAGAGAGAUGCUUUUUUCAAAAGAAAUGUGACUUUUCCUUCACCACCUGUGCGUUUUACAACCCUGCCAGUUACUUCAUCACAGGUAAGACAAAGGCAUGACGGAAAACCGCCUUCAUUAACACAUUAGCUCGUUACAAAUGCAUGCUAAUCAGCUGCUUUUCGAAAGACCACCUUCGAAUCUGGUUACCAAAGAGGUCGAUUAGACUCCUGACAUUUCUUUCUUUAAUUGAUCUUAAUAUCCUGGUUGGUGUCGUCAGAGAUCACUGAACACUUUGCUUUGGUAUCACUCAAUUCGAGUUUCUAUUACGGUUCAGUUUGUUUCUAAAAGUUAUUUUACUCUAUUAUGCAGAAAGAUUUAAAUGUUGGAGUGCUCUUAAUACAUCGAGCAAAGAUUGAUUUUCUACACAUCUCGGUGAACUUUUUCUUAUGUAGCGUAACGACUUGUAUUGUCUCUCCACAAGGGAAGAUGAGGUAGCUUGCGAUCUUUCACUCUCUAUCAUCAACGAUAUUUUUAUUUAGGUGACAAAAAUGGAUCAAUUCGAGCCUGGAGCACGAGUGUUAACAGUUUUCCUAUGGUAACUCAAUUUCUAGGUGAGUUAAAAUCACAAACGACGUCCAUUUGUUGUAAUGUAAUAACAGAAGAUCCACUGUUACUCUUUUAAUCACAAUUCUAUAAUGACCCACUCUUCCCGUUAAUCUUGAUUUUCGAGGAGACGCUAUUAGCGCUAGUAUUAGAUUAAAAAAUUAUCCAUGUUACCAUGUAGGACACACAUCUGAGAUCACAAAGCUCCUGGUUCAUCCAGAAGAACCACUCCUAGUGUCCAGUUCCUUGGACAAAACCAUCAGGAUAUGGAACUUCGAUACGUGCGCACAGACUUUCAAAUUGGAAACAGGUGAAGAGGUGAUCAGUAUGAGCCUACUCAGUGACGACCUAUUGUACUAUCACUCGGAUCAUCACAUCAAAAUAUGGAGUCUUAACUUAUUUCACAGUCUUUUUACUGCUCUGAGUUCGAAGAUUAGAAUAUGCAUCAGAGUGAAAUCCCCAGGGUACCCCUGUCGGGUAUUGGUUCUUGCUGAGGACGGUGGGGUGCGGCUGGUGUCUCCAGUUCAUGGAUACGUGCUGACAACUCUCCUGCCCAUCACAACCAUGACGACUGAUGUAAUGGACGUGGCUCAUGAUCCCAGACAAGAGAAGAUUUACCUGGUGCUAGGAACCAGAGAAGUUUUGGUGUUCGCGAGUGACACAAACCCGUGUUGGUAAGGCACCCACCAAUGAGAUUGUUAGUAUUGAGAAACCACAUCAUUAAGCGCCGCAGCAAAACGUCUUAAUGCUUGAAAGAAAACUUCUACACAAAAAGUGAAAAAAAGUUGGUCAUGAAAAUCACCUGAAAUGCCUGAUUAACAAAAAAAAAAAAAAAACAAAAAGGAAAACUAUGAAUUACUUGAUUGACUUAUUGAUACCCUUUAAAAAACGCAAGGGACAUUACGAAGGACACAAGGGUGAGUUCUUCGUCUCCAACCGAAAAUUGCCAUGUUUAAAAUAUAUACAAUUCAGAACAAAAUAGAAGAGUAUUCACAUAGUAUGCGUCGGCCGGGAAUCGAACCCGGGUCAACUGCUUGGAAGGCAGCUAUGCUCACCACUAUACCACCGACGCUCACACCUCAGAACUAUAUGUGUAUGAAAUUAAACUGUGGGUCGUUAUGCGAACCGACCGAAUUUACCAAAACAUGUUAAGCAGAUUGAGCACAAAUGAAGAGAGAUUUGAAGGCUGUGCCUGACCUAUCCAUAUCCGGAAUAUAACCAAAGCUUCAGAAGCGUCGACUCUUUUCAGUCAGCAUAUGCAGUUAAAUUAUUUUAAAUUGCAAAAUAGCGGAACAAAUUUGAUUCUAAACAAAUACAAGAUGUUUUAAAGCAUCAGCGAAGCCUUAUUUAAGUUUUAUCGACAAAUCGUGCCAGGGAAAAGGGUAGAUAAAAAAAAAUAAGAGGAAAGCUUAUAUGUUAAUCAUAGAUCCCAGGUCCCACCGAGAUUUGAACUCGGAUCGCUGGAUUCAGAGUCCAGAGUGCUAACCAUUACACCAUGGGACCUACCUGUCUUCUGCUAAUCAUAAUCAUAAUCAAAAUAGAUUGAAUACUUCACGCUUUGUGAUCGGUUGUUGCCACUUUCAAAGCCCUUUCAGAGCCCACCUCAUGUCAAUUAAUUUUUUCCUCCUUAUUUUGUCGAACAUGGUGCUCAGGGUUGAAAAUGCUUGAGAAAUUUUCCGGAUUAAGAAAGUGAGAAAAGUCCGGCCAAGAUGAGAGAAUUGUAGGAAAAGAGUUCUUAGCAACCCACGUUGAUACAGGAACAAAGUUUUCCAUUCAACUCAUUUUCAUUGCUUUUCAUGGCAUAAAACAUAAGAUUCACAUUUACAUGAGUCAUAAAAUGAUCUCGAGUUUCAUUUUGUAUGAAAAAGCACGAUUAUAUUUUUUAGACUAACAGGAAAGAAAAACUCAUUAAUUCCUUUUGUUCCAAAGAACACGAGAAACCGUGUAACUACAUCUUAAGAAUAGACAUGAAAAAGGGUAGAAUGACAGUCAAACAGAUGAAAUUUUAACAGCGCGCUCUGUUACUUGACGGUCCAACAGAAGACUUAUAGUAUGAAGGUAGUUAAACGAGGGCCGUUUCUCUCCCCAGUGCACAUCAGUUGUGGGUGCCAGAUAGCCCUGAUGAAGGGGUUUGCAGCCUAGCUCUGGUUAAUGCUGAGUUUGCCCUUCAUGAAAAUGAACUACCUUUGCAGUCAGGGCUACUCUUUGCAGGACAUUACGAUGGACAGAUAUCACUCAUAAGCGGCAAAGGUAAAACAGUACUCAAAACAUGAAGAAGUGUGAAUUGGAAUAAUUUGAUCGUCGCUCAAAAUAUUUGACCUGUUCAUUACCUUUAUGUUGAUUAAUUCCUUAGGAAAGGAAUAUUGCGAAUGUAAUAAUCGUUUUCAAUCAGUUCGCAGAUUAAGUGUGUGUUAAUAACAGAUUUGAAUCAUCUUUUGUUGUCACCGAGUAACCUUGCCAUCUAAUAUAUUUUUGUAAAGCUUGCCUCUUUACCCUCAUAUCGAGAAUAAUAAUGAAUAGUUAUUCGUCGGUGUAAUUGUGUGAUGCUUCUCUUUCGUGUCUGUUAGAUAUUUACAUGAGAGAGAACAUCCAAGCCCACCAAGGCCAGGUUACUUUCUUGAGAGUUUCUGCCUCUUGCUCGGAGUCACGCGACAGUCUUGCGUCCCGUGAUCACCUGAUUUCAUGCGGUACAGACUGCACGGUUAGAAUAUGGCGGCUUAUCCACUCCGAAAGAAAUCAAGUAUCUAUUCUUCAAGUUGCACUCGUGAAAUUGCUUCGGGCCCCAAGAGAUCUGGCCAUGGCAGGCAACACCUUAUGCAUGGCAAUGGCUGACAACAACGUUAUUAUGUGCAGGUUUAUUUUCCUAUGUUUUUUGGGACUGGUGUAGAGGGAAAUUAUGCAUUGAAACUCUGAAAUUACUUUAAAACACAAGGUGUAAAGUGAUACUUAGAACAAAACGAAUAUUGUAUUUUUUGUCAAAAGCCUCUUUCCUUUAAGAAUGUAGACAGAUAUUGUAAAGACGGUGACUCAAGCUCAAAACAAAAUUUCCCAUUUAUUUAAAAUUGCAAAACAGCAGAACAAAUUUGAUUCUAAACAAAUACAAGAUGUUUUAAAGCAUCAGCGAAGCCUUAUUUAAGUUUUAUCGACGAAUCGUGCCAGGGAAAAGGGCAGAUAAAAAAAAAAAUAAGAGGAACCAGGUCCCACCGAGAUUUGAACUCGGAUCGCUGGAUUCAAAGUCCAGAGUGCUAACCAUUACACCAUGGGACCUACCUGUCUUCUGCUAAUCAUACAAAUGUUUUUUUUUAAAUAGAUUGAAUACUUCACGCUUUGUGAUCGGUUGUUGCCACUUUCAAUUUCCCACCUCAGAUUAAACAAAGAAUUUGGUGAGAAAGUUUACUUUAACGAGAGAUGAUAACAACUUGUGGAUGGUUUUUUUUCUGGUUAUCUCUCCAGAGUGCAGGCAGACAGAAAAAGUAACACCAACAAUGGUGACGCUGUCAAAAAUUCCCAUGAAUUCCUAAUGCAUUCCAAAGAUGAAGGACACUCUGCAGUCAUCAAUGGGGUAAGACAUAAUGAUGAAUUUAACGAUACGAAUUGAUAGGAAUUUGGGCUCAUUUCGCAGUAGAAAUGCCAAUACUAAAACGGAAGGCAGCGUUUCCAAGGCAAAGAUACUGCGCUCUUUAGUUCAAUUCGCCUUUCACCCUGUCUUCUGAGUCAGCAGCUUCAGCUUAGCGCGACAUGAUUAAGAAUUCCGAACCGAACCUGGUGUUUUGUAUUCUUGUGAGCAUUACUGGCUCUUAUUAUCCAACUGCACAAAGUUCAGUACAGUACAAAUAAAGUGCUAAUAGAAAUAAAAUAUCCUGCGAUAUUGUACGGUUAUUUGGAAAGUUGGUUAUUUUGUACUGUAAAAAAAGCCUGUUUAACCAGUCGGCCGCGCGCGCUACGCUUCUCUAUCCGCUUUGUUUUUCCCGCCCUAUAAGAAAUGUGCAAAAAGACUCAGCAGAGAAAAAAAGCAGUUGGAUAAAAUGUAAACAACGAGUAAAAAAAUACUCAGCAAUACUACACACCAAAACGUCUAAUAAGACUUUUUAUUUAAUGGCUGCCAAGGUUCUUUGUUCAGUUUUACAAUGCUGUAGACACAAGGAGUAGCUUAGGAUGACCCAAAAUCCCAUCCAAAGGGUACUUGUGGCAGUAACUAGUUUAUUAAUGUCCAACUGCAUAAAGUAGAGAACAAAUAUCCUGCGAUAUUGUACUGUUGGUUACUUUGUACUGUCAAAAAACCGGUUUUACUGGUCGGCUGUGCGCGCUACAGAUCUCCAUCUGCUUUUCUUUUCCUGCCUUAGCAAAAAUCAGCAUAAAAUAAAGUAGUCGGAUGAUAAAUAACUUAUUAGACAUUUUGGUGUGUAGUAUCGCUUACUACAUACCAAAACGUCUGGUAAGAUAUAUUUCUUCCACUUGAAUUUAGAACUCACCCUCUCGCUCAAAUAAGUCCCUUUCUCGGAGCGGUGUUUGCUCUAUGUUUAAUUGACCCACAGAAUCAAACACAUGCAUAAAUAAUGAGGUUGUUGAAGCUAAAUGGCUUUCGUCGACUCUUAAAACUAAACCACGUUACUGACAUAUGUACAUGUCUUUUUUUCCAAAAGCUAUCAUGUUGUUCGACGCUGGGUUUAUUUGCAACAUCAAGCGAGGAUCAAAGCGUCAAGAUUUGGAACACCGACAAUCAACUAGUACGAGAAAUGUGUUUUGACGAAUCUCUAUGCGGGGUUUGCUUUGCAAACUCACGAGGUGACAUACUAGUGGGUUUUCAGUCUCAUAUCAGCCUGGUUACCAUCUUGAACUAUUUGCCACUCUCAUAUUUAAAAAUCUUGUCCAGAAAGAGCAUCGAAAAUGACCCUUUUGAGGAUUACGUGCAGUUCAAUGAUCUGUUGAAAUCUUGGUACGAUCCCCAACGUGUUCCACGAAUGCCUCUCAAAGCCGACAAACGACGGCCACUAGAACUUACAGAAAUAAAGAAACCGAAGAAACGGAAGAAGGUACAAGUUGGUUGAAUUCUUUACUAUAAGGUUCUCUAUUACUUUAGGAGGAUUUUCUCCUAUUCGAUCCAUAAUCAUUUUUUUACGGUGUAAAUGACUCCGACAACAUGUCAGAUUUUACUGAAAUUUCUAAUGAAACUAAAACACCAAAAUGGAAUGAUGGAGAAAUUCAUAACUUUUUUAAGAUGGUUUCCCGUACUUCUGCGGGGAUUCGCCGAUCCAUCCACGAUUCUUAUUUUUGCGGAGAAAUCACCGAUCUUCUGUGAUUUCCUCCGACAAAUAUAACAAUCCCCAGCAAAACAGAUACUUACAGCAGACCAAGACAGUGGAACAAAAGUAUAAAUAUAUGGCGUGAGUUCUUUUUGACGUUGUCUUUAACGCAGUAAUGUUUUUACAAAAUGCGACCAAUGGUAAGGAGGAAAUGUUUCGAACUUCUUAUAGAAAGAGCCCGUGAUUGAAAAAGCAAAACAAGAGGAUGGGGAGGGACAGGAUCUGUUUCAGAAGAGGAGGCAGUCUAGAAAGCUGUCCACUCAGGUAAGGGAAUUCUACGAGAAGCAGAAAAUGAUUCAAGGUAAGUGUUCACUAUGCUUUGCAUUUUUGACAAAACUCCACAUAGAGUUUUGGUAAACGAGUAUUCUGAUAAAGCGUUUUUUAACCUUUUGAUCUCUUGUGAUUACCCCAAGAAAAAUUCUAUAAAUAUCUUCUUUGUUUAACAACAGGCAGUCUUAACUCAAAAUGAUACGAAUGAAACCUGUUACAAACCUGUUUCGAAUAAAGCUGAUUCGUAGCUGACGUUAUCUCUAAGAAGUCGGCCGAGGAUGGUAUUUGAUUUACUCUCAUAGAGCAUUUGCUCUGUUUAACUUCCUGAAGACAUUAAUAUUAAUCCAAGAUAAUCAUCCUAUAUAAUACUGAUCUGCUGAUCUAACCGGUCCAACCGAGUACAUUAUUCCUUUGGUUGUGGUUGCUAGUACCUCAAAUACAUGUUACAGUUUGUUCUGAUCUCGAAAAUAAAAAACGCCUAAAUGAUCAAGUUAUCCGCUUCUAUCUGCUCCAUCCUUAACCGAUAUCAGUCGUUCUCAGUUUCAAUUAAUUCUGUUCCUCUGUUCGUUGUAGAUAUUUCCAAACCAAUAUUAUGAAGAUGUUACCUCACAUUUGGGCUGAACUUACACGUCGAAGAAAAAAAGGCCUUAAAGUAUGUCUCAAAUGUUUUUGUUCUUUUUUUAAGAUUCACGUGAUGAUGGCUCUAAGGCGGUUUUCCAAAAAUUCUUCAAAAAAAUCACUGGCGGAAAUGGUGAACGGCAUUCUGGUAAGUGUAAAGCUUAAUCCUAAAUAAGUACGUUUUUUCUAAGUGUGAAUGUAGCUUCAUGAAAGUGUCCUCUGUGGUGCUAAAGUCACGGUUCUCUUUUUACGGUCACGGCAUCAACGUAGGCGGUGUGAUGUAUGCCUAAGUUUGGGUUAGAACUGACAAGGAAGUACUUUUGCAAGUUAAAUGUGUCAGAAAAAGCUUAAAAAAUUAUCUGGAAAAUCUUAAUUUUCAAAUACUGCUUCCUGUAAAUGCCGAUGCAUUCAUUGGUCCAAAAGUCUGGCGGCCCCGUACCAGUUAAUCAGAUUGAAAACUAAAACCAGCUCUUGAAGGUAUUCGCUUGUACUCAGUUUGUAGUUUUCAUAGGCUUUUUGUGAUCAGGUUUCUCUUUGUUCUGAUUAGCCUUCGUGGUAAUCUUUGGCGUAAAAGGUGACUGUAAAACUGUUUUUAGAGCAGUUUCCGACAGCACAGUCAAGAGUUCCGCGAUAAAGUUCUAAGUCAAACUUUUUAUCACGUUUUGAUGUUACCGUAAUGAUCCUCAACAAUGACGAAGAGGGAAAGAAGGUCGAAUUCCUUAGCCGCAAUACAGAAACUUUUCAAAAUGUCACAAUGCUUAAUUCUCGAGAAGUCUGAGACGCGACUCGACUUGAACUCCAUUGAAAGGCUUUGAAACGCAAAUCUGUGAAGAUCGUCUGCGGAUACAAAGGGAGAUUCCGGAAAUUUCACGCGGAACGAUUUAUUUUACAUCUAUCUUCUCUAAAAGGAUAGACAGAAACAAUGUGGUGGAUUCAAUGAAUGCAGCUCUUUUUCAUUACAGGAAAAGCAAGAUGAGUCAGCCAAAAUGGAGGAUAGUCAAAAUUGGCAAACUCCAUUGCCAUUACCUGAUGAGAAAGAGACCCCUAAAAAAUAUUGGCCGUGUGCUCCUGACGGCUAUAUCCCAAACUCCGUUAUUCGCAAAUUCAUCAAACCGAAGCCUUUUCCUGAUCAUGAAAGGCUGAUUUCGAGACACAAACGCCAUGUAACAAGUAAUGCGAAGGUGAAAGAGGAGGAAGAUGAGGAAACAGAUGAGGACCUUAGAAUCACCGGUGAGACAGUAUCAAUGCUUACUUUAUCUGUGGCAUAUACUCCGCGUACCUUUGGCAGGUGUUAAUGUGAUAUGAUGUAUUAUUUAGGCACUCUAAAGGUAACCAUGAAGUUUAAAAGAAUAACCAUAUUGCAAUGAAGCGAAGAGGGAGAAAAUACUAUAUAACUGACGAGUCACGCCUUCAAGAAGUCAUAAGAGUCGCUUUAGAAUAGUUUGAAGACGAAUUAUCUAAUAUUUGAUACUCUCUAGGGACUCGACUUUUAAAAAAUAAUAUCGUAACCAAGGGUAAUUUUUCUAUGAAUAUUCCUCCUGAAGACUUUUGGACCCUCUGGAAAGCAUUACAAACAUCUCUUGUCAAACAUAAAGCGCUCGAAGAAGGAUUUAAGAGGGACGAAGAUGAGCGAGGCAAGGCAAAAAGACGGAGAGUGUCAAAAAGAAAUGAAUCUAAGUUAGGACGUCGUUUGCCUUCAAGGCCUCAAGCCGGAACAUCAACCAGGUAUUUUUAGUUCUCCGACAUCAUGGGCCCCACACUCAGUUAUAAUUAAAGGCAGCUAAGCCACUUCCUCUAUCUCCGUUUCUUCUUUGCAACUACUGACCGAAGAGCAUCAAUGUACACCAUCAUGCAUAUCAACCUGACAAUUCUAUCACCGGUCUAUCACACACUAUCAUUUAGCAAGAGAAUACAAAUAUCUUGCUUUUAGGACUUAACUAUUAUAUUCAUCCUUUAAAUUGUUGCUUGACGAUGAACUUUCUCAGAUCUCGUUCGUCAAUAAGUUGCUGUUAAGUUUGUUAGAUUGUAAGUUCCUGGGUUCAAAGUCAAAAGCUGAAACUGAAAAAAGUUUCCGACAACUUCAAUAACAUGUGUAAAAGUACGCUACGGUAAGACAUAAGUAUAAGUUAUAACAUGAUUUCGAGUGAAAUUUAGUGUUAAUAAGCACAAUUAAAUUUUUCAAAGACGACAAAAUUGCGGGCGAGUGCAAUUUGUAGUCUUCGAAAUAUUUGCAAGUGCAUAAGUACACCAAAUUGUACUCGAAAUCAUGUUGUGGCUUAUUGAUAAUGUAUACUUAGGAAACAUCACAGAAAGUCAAGACAGACGAAAUUUCGACAGUACGAGCGCGCUAUUUUUAAUUUGCACCUGUGUUACAAUAUAUGAAAAAUGUACUCGUUUUUAGCCAAUCAGACGCGAGUAAUUUUUUCAUGUAUAUUAUUAUUCCGAAAAAUAUAAUAGCUCUACGACACUCAGGUCUUGUUCCAUUGAACUCAACCGUUUUAGGUUGAUUUCAAUUUCUCAUGUUUUAUUGAGAUUAAACCGUGAUCGGUUGAUCAUCUUUGUCAUGCAUAUGCCAUCAAGUUGAAAAGACUGAAAAAGCAUGAAUAUAAAUCGUGAUAAUCGUAUUUGGUAGUAAAUGAAAGAUAACGAUCAUCUAGGGACAAUAAUGGAAAUAUUAGCGCCCUGCAUUUCCAAAGAACACGCUAAUAGCAACUGGCUCUCGACACCUCAAUGUUUUUACCCUGAGUAUGUCCCUCUACAGUAGUUGCAUUUCGGAAGGAAACUCGUCUAAAGCGAUCAGUUUUGUGGCUUGUUCUUUCUAAUUACAGAUAUAAUUUAUCCACGUUAAUGCAAUAACUUUUCCGCUUCGGCUCUCAGUUCUCUUGAAUAGAAAAGUGCUUUUUUUCAGAAUGAUUAUCGUAAGUUGGCAGAGUAGAAAUGUUGUAGUUUUUCCAUUUUUUUCCAAGCUUGAAGGCUGUUCCACGUUUCCUCAAAUACGAACAGAAAGUGUCUUUUGUUUCAUCUGUAGACUCAACACUGUCUUCUCUUUAACGCUUCGGAGGUAGGAACAGCAUAUCACGAUAAAAAACAGAUAGCGCGGAUACGUUCAGUCAUAACUAAUCCAAGGAUAUAGCACGAUAUUUUUUCAUGUUUUAUGAAAUGCGGAAUCAACCCUACAGAACCUUUCAAAGCUUUACAAAUUAUGUCGUUCAGUUCAUAUCCUUGACUCUCGUUUUACGCUGCUAGUAAAGAGCCGCUGGCAAACGUUGAAGAGGACCACGGAGAGGAGGAAAUGGAAGAGGAAGAACUAGAUGAAGAAGAACAAGAACAAGAACAAAAGGAAGAAGAAGAAAUGGAAAAGGUCGAAGAAGAAGAGGAAGUGGCAGAACAGGAAGAAUCCAACAAGUCGAGUCCAAAGAGCACUUCAGAAAGCAGUACUAUGUGCUCACCUAUGGAGAUUCAAGAAUCACCAGAACUUUUUUUUGAGGAGAGUGACGAAGAGGAAACUGACAUAGAUGUAUUCCGUUCUCCUUUCAGCGAUACUGAUAGCGUGGAUAGCGUCAUGAGGGUAAGGAGUCAACUAAAAAAUAAUUUUUUUUUAGUACAAAAAUUCUUUCCUUAUGUUUUGAUGUUGUCAUAUCAUUCUGUUGUUCAAGUUAACUGUCGUUCAAACUAGUGAUGAGAAUUAGUAAUUGGCGUCGUCUUAGCGCCAUAGUCAAGAAGACUAUGCAAAUUGUGAUUUAAGUUUUUCUGUUCACUCGGUAUUCUCCACUCAUCUAAACCCAUUCCCUUACCUGUCCUUGCUCCUUGCUGAUGAUCUCCCCACCCUUUCACCUUCCAAACCCUUGUAGUCAACGACAUAACUGAUAAUAAACAUUAUUAUUUGAAUUCCCUCCUCCAGCUUGAGAUCAAACCCUAUACGAAUUUGCUUUCCCGCAUUAAAGGCAAGGAUUGGUAUCCAACGUUGCAGAAAAAGACACUUCCCACUGUAGAUACAGUUUUAGACGACAUGGUGAGCGCUUUGAAAACAGAGAAUUGUGGAGAGUACAUUAAGGACAUCUGUGAGAGUUUUAAGAAUAUUGAGAGGUAAGGGCGACAAGAUGAUGAAGAUCUCUGUGGCAGCGACAAGAUUUGAAAAGAUCGCGUCGAUAAUCGUUACAAUUUUACAGCCAUCAUUUGCCAAGUGACGCUAUUCAUCACAUUUUCUGCCCACAGAGAGUUUGGAAUUCCUGAUGAAAAGAUGAACGAAAUACAGAAACAGUUCAUUAGGAUGACUUCUAGUGAGAACCCAUCGAUCCGUUGGGCAGCAGUGUGGGCUCUAGGUCAAUUAAACGUUCACCGCAAUGAUGCGUAUCUUUCCUUAGUGCGCAGGCUCGUAGAUGAUGACAAGAACACCCGAAAACAGGCAACAAAAGUUCUUAAAGAUCUUACAGGUAUUUCAAGGUAGAACGAAAGCAGCGAUCGCCAUUAAAAUGAAACAUAACAUUUGUAUGCUAGUGUCUACUGUAGGCUUUAUUUUCAACCCAGCAUGUUCGAGUGUUUUUCUCUAAAGUUUUGGUGCUUCGAAAACCUUUGUUGUUUGGCAGAUAAUUGAAGAUGUGGAAGCAAUGUUUCGCGCGUGGAGGCCGUUCUGUAGUAGAGGUUUUUUUUUUUUUUUAGGAUUUAAACUUCGGGAACAAAGAGUUCUGACCCGUUCUGGUUACCACUUGUCUUCGCAGUUCAUGAUGUCUAUUUAAAUAGUUUAAAGAGAGACACAGAGAGAGCAAGAUUCUAUCUCGCCAAAUUUUCCGGCCAAGGCUCGAACCCAAACCUUUCGGUGCUGAAUCUAGCGCUGUUUUAUACCCACUGAGGCCACAGAGGCAAAAGAGGUUCAACAGCAAUGAGAUUAUUCUAUAACGGGCAGUUCACGGAAGGCAUCUUCCUUCUGAUCCUCUGCAGGUGUGGACACAAAGGAAGGCCUUUGUCGCCUAUUAAUAAACACGGGAGUAGUUAAUACCUACCUACCGUGCAACGACAACGCCGUGUUGCUUGAACUGGCAGAAAGACUGAGAAGCAAAUACGGGCAAAAGGCAAACGUAACAGUUGUAGAGGAAGACGAUGAAGAAGUCCCUCCCCCCAGUGAUCUCAGGAACACAGAUCUCAGGAACACAUUAAAGAGAAAACCUUUUAAGGCCAACUUCGAGCAACCAAUAACCAUGGUAAGUAACUUUUGGCUCAUUUGUUGGCGUUGAUAAGUUGUGGUCUGUCUGUUUCAGCUGAUUAUAAAUUAUAAAUUGAUAAAGGUAGAGAAACAACCGUAGAUAAUUUGAAAAGCUAAAGUCUUGAGUGAAAGUCUUUAGUCUAAGUAAAGCCUGUCUUUUUCUAUCUGUCAAUCUGUGCACCUGUAAAGUAAUUUUCUGGAAGGAAUUUGAACUAUAAAUUAUCCAUACACGUAAAACAACCUAUAAGUGUUGGUCAGUAUAGUGUGUAUUAUUUUAUCAUUGUUGCAUCGAUGCUAAAUCAUCUAUUUUUUUCCUAAAUAAAAACUGUUUUAAUUGCUUCACACUCCUCACAGAAAAAGCGACCAAGAGAAGUUCCUGUCGAGUUUCGCAAGCACUCCAUAUUCGAAAGACCACCGUCUUUGGCGGAUACAGACAAAUUCAAGGCUAUUUUAGCGGAAUCGCAUUUGGGAUGUAAGUUGUUACAGAACAUGGAGCCAUCUAGACGUGGCACCAUCCACAGCCAAACACUAAUAAGAGCGAAAGAUGUAAAGGACUCAUUGAAGGUUGGGGUAGGUAUCAUGUGCCUAAUAUAUGGCUCGAGGCGUCAGUGAUCGUUUGGUCCAGUUUCCAGAUAAACAUCCCGAUCGCUUGAAUAGGAAACAAGACGAUUGCUUCACUUUUGUGAUGUAGUCUUGCUGUUUAUUAAAGAUACCUCUUUAAACUUGUCGGUCUAUUGAGGAUUUAAGAUCAAAAGAAAACGAAAUGCACGUUAUCAUAGCGAGACGAAAUGGAAUUAACUCUCAUCUCCAACCAUGCCUAUUCAAUAUGUGUUGCGAUUGAAACGCUAACGAUUAUGCAAAUGAGAAAAAAGGAGAAUGUUCAUAUGUACAUAUACUCCAUUAGACGUGUGAAAGAACGGGCAAACGAUAAAGGUCGUCGUGGUUGUCAAGGAAAACGACUAUGGAUCGCAUUUUUUCUCUGCCUGGGAACUGUCAUUUUUUCACACGCCCUCUUCUUUACUCGUUCUCGUUUUGCUGGUACAGACAAUAAGGUUACCUUCUCUUAGGUUUGUCCUUGACCGGUGCAAUCGGUCAUCAUUCUUUCUUAUGAUCUCGUAAAAAACGAAAGGCAAUAACAGGGCAAGAAUAUUUUGUCAACUUUACUAAUCAUUAGUAGCUGAACGACUGGGUUCCUCCCAGAGAUUAUUUUUAUGUGUUUCCAAUAUUUUCUUUAAGGAUUGAAAAAAUAAAGCCCUAAGUUGAUUUAUAUUACUUUAAGAACGUAAUUAAUUGCGCGCUGGUUUCAUAUAGAUUCAUUCAUUCUUCCUGUGCUAUAAGUUAUAUAAAAUAUCGGUCUGGUUCUUUUCUUUAUUUUUUUCGCUAGGGAGCCAGUGUUUCAUCACCAGAACUAGAUCAAGAAUUGCGCAGGAAUGGUGACGAAAUGCAGAGAGGUAUUGUUGAAUUAAGUAUAUUGAGUUAUUUUCGGUCUAAUGAUGAGUUUAUCACACCGAGCAUUCUGGGUCUAUUACUUUGCUAUUACUUAUCCACCGGAUAAGUAAUAGCAAAACGUAUAGCGUUAUCCACCGGAUAGAGUUCUAUCCAGUAGAUAGAGUUAUCCAACCUUCGAUCAACCGGGGCCUGAUAAGUUGACGGAGAGACUGUCUUCCGCUAGGCGUUACUUUCAACCAUACAAAACAAAGGUAGACAAAUACUCUCCUCAAACGUAACAUCGUUUACGAGCUUCAGAAGGUUGUUUUCGCUUUUUGCUUCAUAAGCCAAUUGGGUUUUUAGAGGUCUGAUGUGAAUUGGUGGAGUCUAUUAUCAAUUAAAACUACGGUGUUAUAUUAAAGAAAUAAAAAACGCGCCGAGUGCAUUGUUGAGUUAUAUAAGCACGCGGAAAUUUUUAAGAACACAAGAAGCACGAGCCCAAGGAGAGUACUUCUCGCACUUAAUUCUCGAGAGUUCUUAAAAAUUCUUAAAUGCUUAUAUCACUCAACAAUGCUCGAGGAACAAGUUUUUUUAUUUCUUUUAUAAAAAGUAUCGUGAAUUGCACGCGCUCGUACCGAUGACGUAGGCUGCGUGUAUUAUAUCUCAACAGUGCACUAGUGUGACGUAAGGCGCGUAUUUAUGGAAAUAUAAUCAACUCGUUCUGACCAAUCACGGUGCGCAUUUCUCUGUACAUUCUAUAAAAGGAUUCCCAGCCCUGAGAAAAGCCAUAACAACAAACGUGGAAAAAUUCGAUAUUUUCACGUGUGUUUGAUAUCGCCAAUCAGCUGCUGAACGUCACUCGCCUUUCGCGCCACUCAGUCAGGUUGAUGAAUGAACGGCAAAGCCCUCAUGAUUUUCCGUACAAGGUAGUUUUUCGGAACUUCCUCGGAUUAUGGCGGCUAAAACACUUAAAAAAUCCGUAUCGCUCACAGACAGUGACGUUCAAACUUUCUUAGAAGGGGAAGAAAACCAAUAUACGAAAAGAAAAACCGAAAGUUACGUAUUCAGUGGCUUCGGUGUUGGCAUGUCUCGCGGCUGAGAAUGAAAAUUGACAACUGGAAGAUUUACCCUUGGCCGAUUUCGGCCGUUUACCUGAAAGACUUCUUCUGUCGGUAAGGACAAAGUCAAUAAAUGAGAAUUUUGUAAAUUGAAAAUUACGCCCAUUGUUGUUUUUAUAAUCAAGAUUCAACGCAUUUUUCCAUCUUCCUAAGAGUUAGCGCCAACGCACUGUACGAUUGUUAUUCAGGGAUUGUCGAUUAAUUUAUUUUCAUUCAUUAAUGAAGUCGGCUUUUUUUGUAUGUGAAGGGCUAUUGUGUUUAUAUGAUAAAUACAAUAAUUAGGCCGUAUUUUUUAGUCAGUGUCUUUUUCGGGGUGGGGAGAGGGAGGGGAUUCUGCUCAUUUGCAUUUUAACAAUUCAUAUUCGUAUUCCAGCUACUACAAGCCGGAGAUUCAGCCACAAAGAAACAUUAUAUCGGAUCACGUCAACGAGUAAGACUGGAAAUAAAUUUUUCAUAUCAAAGCUUACGUAUUUCUAAAGCCGAAAUGAGUCAGCAUUAUUUAUACGUUUUUCUUUAGUUCCGGAGUACAGGCUAACCCCUAUCACAGUGUCAAUCGCUUCAAGGUCGUCAGUGUCAUCUUCAGCUGUUUGGACGCCCACUGAUUUAGGUAUGAACAACUGGAACGCCUUUUUUACGUGUCCUUGUACGAAUUGAGAACUAUCAAUGUAUUUUCGAAAUUUAAGUAUAUAGAAUGAACACUGCAUUUCUUUCGUUGUCUUUUAAAACACAGGUAAACCAUGCAAGUCCACAACCCCUGAAGAGGAAACUGUAAAAGCCUCGAAGAAAUCGCGAGAAAAAAUUCGAAGUCCAGGUAAUGUUUAUCAGAUCCAGCUUCCUUAAAGUGAUAUACUUGAAAUUUCAGUGAGAUAUUGGCGAACUGAAUAAAUUUUAAUUUGCGGUUGGAAGUAAUACCUAACUCUGAUACUCUAGAGAGAAAACAAUUUUACUUUCCAAGAUGAAUGACAGAGAAAACCGCUCUAAUUUCUCGGGAUAGCUGUUUCUUUGAGCAGAUACGAAAAGAAGUGCUACCCCUUGUAAACAGUGGGUGGGUUUUACAUACCAAUUGAAUAAAAAUGAUAAUAAAUAGAUAGGUGAAUGGACCUAAAAGUAAUAAAAUUGCAUAGGUAAAAAUUUUCCGGAUUCUUCUUAUUUUAUAUGAUGCCUUUUGUCAGCUAUUAAUAUAUAGGAAAACCUUGCUUCUCUAUAAACCCAACAUAAGCUCUGAAGAAAUCGCGAGAAAAAUCUCCGGGGAUAAUUUUAUGAGUCGAAAUGACACUUCUGUCAUGAAAUAUCACGAAAAGGAAAAACGGCCCUUUAUGGUUUAUUCAGCUACAUAUUUACUCAACUUUCAAACGUUGAAUUUGGUUUUUUUGAUCUACCCAUCAGUGACACCAGGAAGUAAUAUGCAAAUAAAUCACAAGGCACAGAACACAACACCAUCUCAGGGACUGAGUCACAAAACACAGAGCAUACAUACAACACCUUCUCGGGCAAUGAGUCAGCACACUACUUCACCGGAACCAAGAAUGGAACCUAAGGAUAGAAGCUCUUACAAAAGACAAACCUCUAUUUAUCGGAAAGGCCAUAAACAACACUUCACUCUAGGAGAGAUCCUUAGUAUCAUGGGUCAGACUGCGGGAAUAAAUCAGCCUAGCGCUAAAUUGCUUUUACUCAAGACGAAGAGGACAAAACCGACCAUAGAAAAACAGAUUUCAGUGGACGACGAUGAAAUCCAACCAAAUUACAAUAUUGGUGACUUACUGGAGACCUGUUGUAAUUUGCCUCCAUUGGGGAAUAGUCUGACCACUUUAGCAAGUAAGGCGUCAAAAACUAAACAAGAAAUGGUGAUGAGCAUGCGACGACUCUUUCAGUCCGAACUAUUGAGCUCUAAGCAGAAAGGAGACUAUGUCUUCAUCGAUGGCCUGGGAAGACUGCCCGCUAAAUACCAUGACAGUCUACAAGAAACUAGGCGAAAGAUAUUUGAACUAGUGAAAAAGUGCUCAGAAAAUGAUGAGUUGUUUUCCUCAAGUAGAGUUGAGAUAGCGCAGCCAUUUACUAGUCUGCUUGAGAAUUUACUGCAGUUUUGCGCCAUCCUGGGGCCCGAGAAAGAAGUGCAUGAAACAACUCACACAUCUAGAAGAGAAACAUCUAAUCUACUGGUGGAUAAGACAAUCUCACGGAUCCAACAGAUAAGCUUCGCUAGAAAGGUGAGUUUCCAUAGCUCCAUUAGGACACUGAAAUUUACAGCCAGUAGUUGCAUGCCAAAUUGCAGUUAUUGAGCCAAAGAGAAAAAAAAAAAACUCGUUCGUUACAUCUAAUGUAGAGUUUUUGUUUGAUUGCUCUUCUUUUUUUGUCGCUGAAGAGGAGUCAACCUGAGGAUAUUGUAAAAGCACGGCCAUUCAGUUUAAACCACCACCCCACCAGUCGAGCACAUUUGGAAUUUAUUAAAUUUCUUUCAUAUGAUUGUGGCUGACAAAUCUUCCGCAAACCAUUGUAAUACUAAGGGCCAGAAAUAACAACCAUGAGAAAAUCAAACCUUCUGUGUUACAGGAGUGUAAUGUAAUAUUGGGAAGAACAUAUUUCGACUGAGUAUCCUGAAAUCAAAACCAAACACUGAAGCGUAGUGACCAAUGAAAGGUGCAAUUAGUUUUAGAUUUAAUUUUGAAUGGUCGAGUCAGACUGCUUUCAGAAAAUAAACUUAUUUUGAGAAAGGAGAGUAACACAUUGAAUUAUCAUUCAUUAGAAAACAGAUGUGCAGGCUCAACCGAUAUUUGAACAGACAUCACUUCAUCAUUGUUUGGGUCCAGACACUUGUGGACAGCGACUACUCAACUCCACACUGAUAAAGUCCAAAACAUUGAGUGAUUCACAUCUUCGGACCUCAAGGGAAACACAAGAGUUUUUAGUGAUGUCCCUACCUCACAGGUUAUCUGUUCAUACUGGUAAGUUGUCCUUUUGUGGUGUCAUUUAUCUAAAUUUUUGCCGCUGAGGUGGUUGGUUUUGAUUACAUUCUUAAAUCUACAAUUCCGAGACGAGUUUUAACUCCAUGUUCGGUCGAAGGCACGACCAUACAAUUCACUAGCUAAAUCUCAUUACCUAUUCGGAUGAUAUCGUUUGAAAAUACUGAGAUAAAACUUAAAACGCCAAACUGUUUUCAAUUAUAUACCCUUCUGGUAAGUUUGUGCCAUAUAAGGGUAGGUUCCCUUGGAUGUUUACUUUACAAACUUCCUCCCAGGCCUACUUAGGUCAGCUAGGCAUUGAAGCCAAAUGAUCGGUGUACUGGAAAAAGGUGCAAGAAUUUCGUAUUAAUCUUCCCUUUGCCCAGCACGUUAAACUGGGACAUCCCACUAAAUUGAUUCCGAAACUUGAGCAAAAAAUGAUCUUCAACAUUCUGCGUCAUCCAUUUUCAGGAAUGAAAAGGGAGGGAAAAAGUCAUUUUGGAAUAAUGGAAUUGACAUGGCGGGCUGGAACGCCAAUACCAUCAUCGGAAAGUGAGGAAUGCCAAAAAGAAAGAGCUAGUGGUCUUUCUGAACUAUCCGGUAAACCGAUAGAACUUAAGGAACACCACUGGCUGAAAGAGCCAAAGCAGAGAUCAAAAUUCAACAUUCCAAAAUCGAAAAGUGUUCCUCCACUUUCGCAUCGCAAGGUGAAGCCGUUUGCCGAAAAGCAACUUACUUUAUUUCAAGCCCUGAACAGUUUGAACAGUAAGGACUCCCUGGCAGGACUCGUCGAAUACAUUAACAACAAAAAUAUCAUCAAAAAACAAUUCCUGGGUGAAAAUGGAAACUUGUGUGGAAGUUUUACUGGUGUUCCGCAGCCUCCUCAUACAGCCACUCCUUUGUCUGUCCUUGCCUCGCCCGCUUUGAGAACGAAAAAUAAUGACUCUAUGUCGUCAGUGAAAUCGGGCGAAAGCUCUGGAAGGCGUUCGACAUUUCACGAUCAGACACAUGAUCUAACGCGUGAAAGCCUCGUGCGCAAUCUUGAUGAAUUUCAUCAUCCUCCAGUUUGGGGAUUUGGAGGACGUCCUCGAAGGCUCUAA